GACAUUUCCAGUAUUGCGACUUUCGAGAAAACAGGAACGCACCAAAAACACUGGGCGGGAUUUACGAGACAAACAGAUACUCUGCCCGAUUUACUAGCCGGUGUAGAGAGCGGCGUGCUGCGAAGGAGAAGUUAGCGUUUUAUUUCAGCCUUCUUCUAAACUUGCUUUAUUAACGAUGCGUUGCUGCUGCUGUUUUUAUUGUUAAUUUAUUGAUUUAUCCUAAGUGAUGUUGCGAUGGCUAAGCCAAGAUUCUAUACUAAAUUAGCAAACAAAGUAACAGGCUUUGAUCGAUAAAGAGUUUCAUUUUUGCACAUUAUCAAGAAUUGAUAGUAUAAUAAUAAUUUGUUUAGAUUUAUAAUCAUUCAUACUUUUGCUUCGCAUAUUUAUGCUAAUCAUGAUUACCAGUGAUACUUAAAAAGAAAACUUUUCAUCAUCGAUCUUUAGCACCUCUAACUGACUCACACACCGGCGGAUUGCUACGGAACGGACCCCUCAUCUAACCGCGGAAGAAGCUACCAGCGUGGCUGUCGGGGCGAUUCUGGCGGAGUUCAGAACCACUGAUUCUAAGCUAACCCUGAAUGGUUUAGCUUCAGGGUUAGUUGGUGGACAUUAUGGAGGAGAGCGGAGAGGAGGCGGCCAGCGCAGCCUGCAGAGUUUUCACCUUUAAAGACGCGAAAAGCCCAGAGAGUCUGAGUGUCUGCAUCCCAGAGGUUCUGGACCCUCAGUAUGGGAUGUACGUGUGGCCCUGCGCCGUGGUUCUGGCCCAGUACCUGUGGUUCCACCGAGACCAGCUGAGAGGCCGGGCGGUGCUGGAGCUCGGUGCUGGUGUGGGUCUCCCCGGCGUUCUGGCGGCCCGCUGCGGCGCCCGCGUGUCGCUGUCGGACGGAUCGGACCGGCCACGGUGCCUGGAGAACGGCCGGCGGAGCUGCGCGGCCAACGGGCUGCGGGACGUCGGCGUGCUGGGCCUCAGCUGGGGGGACGUGACCCCGGAGCUGCUGCUGCUGCCCCCACAGGACGUCGUCCUCGGCUCGGACGUCUUCUACGACCCCGAGGAUUUUGAAGAUGUUUUGGUGACGUUUGUCUGCCUGCUGAGGAAAAACCCGGAGGCUCAGUUCUGGACGACGUACCAAGUGAGGAGCUCUGAUUGGUCCCUGGAGGCCCUGCUCCGCCGCUGGAGGCUGCGCUGCGUCUCGGUGCCGCUGGCGGACUUCGGCGCGGAUGGCUGCGAGCUGGCCGGGUCCGCGCUGCCGGGCAGCCACACCGUCCACAUGAUGAUCAUCAGCAGGGGGUCAGGGGUCAACCCGCCGGCCCAGGGGUCACCGUCUGCUCCCAGACACACAGCCUGCUGCUCGGCUGCUCAGUGAAAAACUGAUUGAAUUGAAAACAUUAAGGCAGAUUCAGGUUCUGAUGGGAAUCUUGAAUAUUUCUGGAUUUGACUCCAGAUUUUCAGUUUUCUCAGCAGAGGGCAGCGUUCCACUGAGAACGUUUGUAGUUUGAUGAGAGGACUUCCUGUUUCUGGGAGAUGCAUCUUCCCUCCCUCCUGAACAGAUUAUCCAGAUUUCUGUUUCUGCAGAUUAACUGGAAUAUUAGAAAAUGUUUAGCGGCGUCCGGUCUGCGGUCGGCGUCCGGUCUGUAUAUCUGCUGUAAUUCCUGUAAAUAAAUGAAUC